CUUUCUCUUCUCCAUUCUUUCGAUCGCUAACUUUAUUUUUAUCUCUGUUUGCAGUCCUUCAUUUGUUUUUCUCCUUCUCUUCUUGCCUCCAGCUAGGGUAAUUGUUCUCUUUAUGCCAUUGUGGCUGGUCCACUCAGUUGACUUUUUACUUUGCAUCUUUUCGUUCUCUACACGCUGGGAUUCGUCCUUUCAUUUCUCUUCCCAUUCAUUGUGACCCUAACACCGAUCCACCAUGGACUCCGACUUGUGGUAUUCCAUGCUCAAUGACACCCUCUGCUAUGCCAAUCUCUGGGUGUUGGCCUGUAUGAUUGUGGUUGUCUUCGCCUGGCAGUCCUCCGGCCGUCUCUCUGCCCACCUGCGUCGCCUCGCGAGUUUUACCGACCACCGCCAGACCUACCAUCGCGUUCCCAAUUUCCAUGUGGCCUGGUUGAAGCGACACCUUUUGGAUGCGCCACUGCUGCGCUCUCGCCAUAACCAGGAAUGGCAGCUCUCCCGCGCCGUCAACAUGGGCACCCUGCCCAGCCGCUUCCAUACCCUGCUCCUGACCGUCAUCGUUGUCAUGAAUAUUGUGCUGUGCACCAACACUGUGCCUUAUGGAUCGAAGGAAUCAACUGUUGCGGAGCUGAUUCGUAACCGAACUGGUUACAUGGCCACCGCCAAUCUGUUCCCCCUACUGGUCAUGGCUGGCCGCAACAACCCCCUGAUCCCGCUUCUGCGCGUCUCGUUCGACACCUGGAAUCUGCUGCACCGGUGGUUGGGCCGCAUUGUUGUGUUGGAGGGGCUGGCCCAUGUCAUUGCCUGGGGUGUGCCCAAAGUGCAAACCUAUGGAUGGUCAACCGCACUCGGCACCUUGUCGAAACCCUUCAUGUUCAAUGGUCUCAUGGGGAUGGUGGCGAUGCUCGCCAUCCUGGUUCAAUCCCCUUCUCCCAUCCGACAUGCCUUCUACGAGACUUUCCUCCACCUUCACAUUGGGCUGGCCUGUGUGGCUGUGGGAUUUCUCUGGCAUCAUGUCUACCGUUACUCCUGCCGUUACUAUCUUUAUGCCGCCAUAGCCUUCUGGGCGUUUGAACGACUUGCGCGGUUGCUGAUCCUGAUCUACCGCAACUAUGGCUUUGGUCGCCGCACAACCGCCUAUCUGGAGGCGCUGCCUGGCGAUGCCGUCCGCGUCACUCUGCAACUCGCUCGUCCCUGGACCUUCUCGCCGGGCCAGUACUGCUUCGUCUACAUCCCGAAACUCGGAGCCUGGACCUCGCACCCCUUCUCCAUCGCCUGGGGCGAAACCGGCCAGACCUUGCUGGGGUCGUACAGCGAGAAGAUGGCCGAGGUGGAGAUGGGCAAUGACCACGGUCACCCUGGGCUGGAGUCUCGCAAGGUCAAUACGGUUUCCCUGCUCGUGCGACGUCGGACCGGAUUUACAGACAAGAUGUUUACGGAAGCAUUUGCUUACGCCCGCACCCGCUUGCCCCCGGACACGAUCAGCACUUCGCCGCGGUCAACUACGACGGAUAUCUCUACGGCAGCCAUGCCGGUCACUGCUUUUGUCGAGGGACCCUAUGGCAACCUCCACUCGCUUGACUCGUACGGCACUGUUCUCCUCUUUGCCGGUGGAGUGGGCAUCACACACUGCCUGCCAUUCAUCCGCCAUUUGGUGCAAGGAUACAGCGAGGGCACCGUCGCUGCCCGACGCGUCACCCUCGUAUGGGUCAUUCAAUCCCCAGAGCACUUGGACUGGAUCCGACCGUGGAUGACCACCAUCCUGGGUAUGGAAGGCCGGCGCGACGUGCUGCGGAUUCAGCUGUUCGUGACGCGUCCGAGAAAUCCCCGUGAGAUCAGAAGCCCCAGCGCGACCGUGCAGAUGUUCCCGGGCCGGCCAGAUGUGGGCACGCUCGUCCAGAUGGAUAUUGACAAUCAGAUCGGGGCCAUGGGCGUGAUGGUCUGUGGCAAUGGUGGCUUGAGCGAUGAUGUCCGCCGGGCUUGCCGACAGCGCCAGGGCCGUACCCAGUUGGAUUAUAUUGAGGAGAGCUUUACCUGGUGAUUCAUUGCCCAACGCGCCUGUACCUAUAUAAAUUUGUUUUCGAUUUGUGACGUGCCAAGUAGAUGAGCAGAAUAGAC